UUAGCUAACCAUUAAGCAGCAAGAAGAAAACUUCUCCUAUCUUAAAUCCUCUGUACCGCAUAAUGGCCAUUGCAGCAACCUCUACCAUCUCUCUUCUCUUCUUUCUUCUUAAUCUAUUCCUCCAAGGCACUUUUGGCGACUAUGGAGGUGGAUGGCAAGGUGGUCAUGCCACAUUCUACGGUGGGGGAGAUGCCUCAGGCACAAUGGGAGGGGCUUGUGGUUAUGGCAAUUUGUACAGCCAAGGUUAUGGUACUAACACUGCAGCACUCAGCACUGCUCUAUUCAACAAUGGCUUGAGUUGUGGGUCUUGCUAUGAGAUGAAAUGUGACAGUGACCCCAGAUGGUGCCUCCCCGGUAGCAUAAUAGUCACUGCCACAAACUUUUGCCCUCCUAACUUUGCAUUGGCUAAUAACAAUGGUGGCUGGUGCAACCCUCCUUUGCAACACUUCGAUCUUGCUGAGCCUGCUUUCUUACAAAUUGCUCAAUACAAAGCUGGAAUUGUCCCUGUUUCCUUCAGAAGAGUAUCCUGUGUGAAGAAAGGAGGAAUCAGGUUCACCAUCAAUGGCCACUCAUACUUCAACUUGGUUCUGAUAACAAAUGUUGGUGGAGCCGGUGAUGUUCAUUCUGUGUCCAUAAAGGGGUCUAAGACUGGUUGGCAAACCAUGUCUAGAAACUGGGGGCAGAAUUGGCAAAGCAACUCUUACUUAAAUGGUCAAAGCCUCUCUUUUCAAGUGACUGCAAGUGAUGGUAGAACUCUCACCAGCAACAACAUUGUGCCUGCUAACUGGCAAUUUGGUCAAACAUUUGAAGGGCAACAGUUUUAGGAACCUUAAAAAGUUCACAAUUUGUGUGUAAUAUAUGAUGUGAUUUUUCAUUGUUGGUUUGGUUUGUUAUAGUUGGAAAGGGAGGGGAAGAGAAAAAGAAAAAGGUAGAUUAGGAGGAGUUGUGGCCAACAUGGCCCCUAAUGCUGUGGUGGCUAUAUGGCACCCGCUAGGACUAAUAUAAUAUAAAGUCUUCUAUUUUCAGAGACAUCUUAUUGAUCAACACCUUUUGAUGAAGUAAAAGGUGGUUAUGAUCUCAAUUACUUUCUAUAUCUCAUCCCCACUAUGGUAGAAAACCAAUCUGGGGCCAAUUAAUAUCAAUUUGAUCAUGCUUUUUUCUUGCAA